UGUGGUGGAGCUGCAGCUGCGUCUGUCGGCUGCCGUAAGUGGCAAGUGCUGGAAGCCCAUUGAGGUGCCACUGAUAGCACAAUAAUUUGUACACGGCUUGCACCCGACAAGGACAGAAAACAGCAAGGUUAACUAACAACCAGCACAAGAGGGAAAUUAAAGCCAGUAGAGAGGCAAGUGAAAAAUACUGAAGAUGCGGGAUAAAACUGGUGAAUAUUUCAUAGGAUUUUGGGGAAUAGCUGGCAGCUGUCAAUUUUUAUAAGCAAGUUUAUCAAAGUAGUCCGAGAUAUCAAGUCACAACUAUUACUCGCUGAGCUAAAGUUUUAAAAGAGAAAAAAAUAUAGUAAUACCAAGAUGGUUCAAGCAAAAGAAAGUAAUAUUAUAUUCUUCAUGACGUUCUUCAUAAUGGCAGGGUGUGCUUUUUGCAUUUGGAAGUUCUCGGGAUUCUCCCACGAGCCUGUCAAGGUGAACAAGAUGAUGAUAGUGUUUAUAUCGGUGUGCUUGGUUCAGAUCGUGAUUGUAGUACCCAUCAAAUUCGCAAUCAUAUCACUCGAUGCAGCCCUGUGGCCACCGCAUCAGGCCACCAUAUCGACCGAUUCCAUUGCCAGGGUAGAAACUUUGAUGGGGAAUUUGCGAAGAAAACUUCAGAGCUUGAAGAGUCAAUUGAUGAUCACGGAAAGACAUCGGUAUGAGAGGCUCAACCUGAAGUAUAGACUGAUUACCGAAGAGCUUCGAGUCUUUGGGAGAUUAUUUUUCAUCCUGCUCAUUUUCGUAUUGGUUAUUUUUGAUAAUCUGCUCUACUAUAAUAACAAAAUUACGCAAGACCUCUUUCAACACAAUCAUACUGGCACUGUUGGAUUGUCUACCGUUUUCCUUCUGCCCAAUAUAUACCUUUUCCUUGAGAGCUCUAUAAUUAGGGCAUUCACGGAAAGGGGGGAUUUCGGAGGAGCUCCCUGGGUCCAUGCAGAGUCUACUAAAAUGCUGGGCUCGGUGAGGUUGCGACAAUUGAGAACCGUUGACCGGCACGUGGGAUUGCAGGAUCCCGUAUUCGAUGUGAGAGACUACUCCGAGGGCUGGAAGCUGCCAUAUGCCAGGGAAGCCUAUACGGACAAGUUCUGGAAAAUUCAUCAGCCCUGGGUGAUGCGCGAGUCGACUGUGUCGGAGCACAUCUUGUUUCGUAUCAACCAUUAUGGUCACUUCAUCAGCUAUCCCGAGUCGAUCGGAUACCAGAAUCUUCUCUCAGAUAGCCGGAAAAAAAGUCUGAUAAUCUUGAGGUACUUGAAGAGAAAGAGCUGGCUGGAUCGGAAUACGUCAGCGUUGUUUAUUGACUUCACCCUGUACAAUGCGGAUGGGAAUGUAUUUAGUGUGUGCACUCUGUGGCUGGAGCAAUUCCCCUUCGGGUCGAGUGUCACCCACAUGACUGUGGACAGUGUCGUUUUCGUGGAGCGGAUGCGUGACUUCUCGUCCUUUGGCAUGCUGGUCCUGUUUAUAUUUCUGAUCUGUUGGCUGCAAUUUGCCAAGUUGUUUUUCGCCAAGGUCUGGUAUGAACCAGGUCGCUUACGAAACAUUUGGACCAAGCUGGAUGCGAUAACCUUGACGUUUAGUGUCCUGCUUGUGGGAGCUAUGGCCAGGCGGGAUAAAUUGGUCCAACAGAUGAUCCGUGACCUGGAAACUUCGGUGAAUGUAGAGUUCAUAGACUUUCAGAGGCCGCUACGUUUCAACGACGCCUGUAACGUAUUUAUGGGCUUCACUGUGGCUCUGAUCACACUGCGUCUGUGGAGGGUGAUGCAAUUUGCCAGGACAUUCCAGCUGUUCAACAAAACCCUCAGAAUGGCAGGCGGUACAUUGGUGUCCACCUUUAUUGUGACUGCCGUUUUCCUAAUGUCUAUUGGCACCUCGGCGGUCGUCACGAAUGGUAAUUUCUCGCCGACAGUCAACAACCUGAAGACGGGUAUUAUUUCAGUGGCAAGCUUCUCCUUUGGCUACAGUAUUGCGCUGCGCGAUUUCUUACGCGGCGGCAAAUGGCUGGGAAUUGUACUCUACGCCGUACUAGGCUUUGUGGUUAAGGCUCUGCUCCUUAAUAUGAUCAUGUCCAUGCUGGAGCGGCAUCUGGCCGAUGCCAAAGCCCAACGGGAUCGGAAAAACAUCCACCGCAUUACCUACUGGGAGUUCUUGCGAGUGGAAUACGCGGAUGCGAUAAAGUUUAUUAUGAAAUUGUUUCACCGGAAGAGGGGUUACAGGCGGAACAAUCGAACAGUGGCGCAGAACAUCCAGCGGAAGCUAUACAACCAGGAAAGGAUCGGUCCCAAGGCGAAGAGGCGGAAGAAUUUUUCAUUUACUUUUGAAUCAAGAGAGCCAGUAGACCAAAAAUUCCUUCAGUUACUAUACCGGGAACGCAUCGAAAAGACCUUUGUGGUGUUUGCCAUAUUGAAAACCCAAAUUGAGUUGUUGGAAAGAUUGAAGUUCGGUGAUGAAGAGGGGAAUUUAUCGGAGAGUGAGGAGGAGAAUAUAAGUGAAGAAGAAAUGGAUCCCGAACCGGAUCCGGAACCACCACCGCCACCACCACCACCUCCGCCACCAUGGCAUCACGGAAUAGUAAUAAAUAGAUAAUUAAAACUAAGAACUAGCUCCUUCUAAUUUUACUUUUUAAUAUUUGAAAUUGAAACAUUUAUUCGCCCAAUCAUUGAAGUAAAUACUUUAUGGGCU